AUGCAGAAAACAAAGCUGAGAGACGAGAUCUAAAGUGACAGAGGGCCAAAAGCAGUUGCCUUAGGACUCUCUUUAAUUUCCAAUUGUGUGAAAAGUUUAUUGAUAUUUUUUCUAUUAGAAGAAGUGUGUGUGGUUAAGGCAGUGAGGAAGAUGUAUGUAACUAGACCGCGGUCAGUCUAUCACCACUUCCCGGGAGCUCUUUCGCUGCAGCCACAGGCGGAUGUUGCGUAUUCGGGCCACCUCGUUGUGACAGAUGAGGAAUCAGAGGCGAUGGACUCCUUCUGCUGUGGGAUUUGGAGGAAUCACAAAAUCAAUAGGCUGCCUUUCCCUUCAGACAGAGUGUUGCAGGUGGUGCACUCUUCGUUGCAGGAAGAGGUCGGCGUGAUCAAGGCUUGGUUCGUACCUGUUCUCGAUCAGCCUCUCUCGUCCAACUGCUACUAUGUCAUCAAAGCUAAGGGAAGGCGAAAAGGGCCUACACAUGUUCGAGAGAGGGAGAUGUCGGGAUGUGCAGCUGUAGGCGUCCUCGUGUGGAGUCGAAAACAAGGCCUUUUGAUCAUAGGGAUAGGUAGCAGCAGUUGGAGAUUAGGCCAUUUCAUGGUGGUGGUUUUUGUGCUAGAUCAGUGGAAUGGGAUGGUCACCCUCCAAGUUUCCUCAGCAAAGGUGGGUGGGAAGUCUACAAGGCGCCUUCGUGCAGACGGACGCCUCCAUUGGGGUUCCCUGACAGGGACCUCCCACUGAGCGCGAGGCGCUCCACUCCUGUAGUGGUGGGGAGGUGGUACUGCCCUUGUGUUAUGGUGAAGGACGAGGAGAUGAGGGCGGCCGAGCAGAUGAAAAAGUGUAUGGUGUAUGAGGUGAGCCUGAAGCAGUGGUGGGAGCAGAUACAUUCUGUGGAGAAAGAAGGUGGUGGGAAGGAUGCUGUGGUUGUGGAUGCGAGGGUGAGGAGGCUGGU